CCGGCCCGCCCCAGGCUCCAGCCCCGCGCCGCGCGCUCUUUCUCCGACAGCUGCUCCGCUCGCCCCUCGCCCUCAGCCGCGUCUGGUCCGUCCGUCCCCGUCGCGUCGCGUUCCCUCCACGCCAUGACCACCCAGCAGAUCGUUCUCCAGGGCCCGGGACCCUGGGGCUUCCGCCUCGUGGGCGGCAAGGACUUCGAGCAGCCCCUCGCCAUUUCCCGGGUCACUCCUGGAAGCAAGGCUGCUGUAGCGAAUUUAUGUAUUGGAGACAUUAUCACAGCCAUCGAUGGGGAAAAUACCAGCGGGAUGACGCAUUUAGAAGCUCAGAACAAAAUCAAGGGCUGCACAGACAACAUGACGCUCACAGUCACCAGAUCUGAACAGAAAAUCUGGUCUCCUCUAGUGACUGAGGAGGGGAAACGUCACCCAUACAAGAUGAAUUUAGCCUCUGAACCCCAAGAGGUCCUGCACAUAGGAAGUGCCCACAACCGAAGUGCCAUGCCCUUUACUGCCUCUCCUGCCUCCAGCACUGCCCCCAGGGUCAUCACCAACCAGUACAACAACCCAUCUGGCUUGUACUCGUCGGAGAACAUCUCCAACUUCAACAAUGCUGUGGAGUCAAAGACUGCAGCUGGUGGGGGAGAGGCCAAUGGCAGACUCGUGGACCACACCCAGGCAUCCGGUGGCCUAACCAUCGACAAGGAAUCUGAGGUUUACAAGAUGCUGCAGGAGAAGCAGGAGUUGAAUGAACCCCCAAAGCAGUCCACCUCGUUCCUGGUCCUGCAGGAGAUCUUGGAGUCGGAUGAAAAAGGGGAUCCCAACAAGCCCUCAGGAUUUAGAAGUGUUAAAGCUCCAGUCACCAAAGUGGCUGCCUCGAUUGGAAAUGCUCAGAAGCUACCCAUGUGUGACAAAUGCGGUACUGGCAUUGUUGGGGUGUUUGUGAAGCUUCGAGAACGUCAUCGCCACCCUGAGUGUUACGUGUGUACCGACUGUGGCACCAACCUGAAGCAGAAGGGCCAUUUCUUUGUAGAGGAUCAAAUCUACUGUGAGAAGCACGCCCGGGAGCGAGUCACUCCCCCGGAGGGCUACGAUGUGGUCACCGUGUUUCCCAAGUGAGACAGCAGAUCCAUACUGACUCACCUCCUCAUCUCUGAUUGUUCUGACCUUCUCUUCUGAAAGCCCCGCCUUUACUUGGUGUUAACCCCCUGUUCUUUCCGUGUUGAGUGCCCUCAUUUGGGCUGACUGACUCACACUGGUGGUGUGACACCGGCUCGACAGUUAGUGGCACAUGGUUCCGCUCAUUGUCCUGCCUGCAUCAUGGAGUCCCUUCUUCACCUCGGUCCUUCUCUGCUGCAGGUGGCCGGCACACCAGAUUUAAUACGUCUGAUAUUGAUUUCCUUUUUACUCAAUAAAUUUAGACUGUUAA